UGCGUAAGUUUUCUCUACACAAUUGGUUGAUAGAGUAGUAAAAAAAAAUUAUGCAAAUACUAAAUGGAUUCACUUGAGACGAAGUGAGAAGUGUUUAAAUUGGUAUAGUCUUACUAAUUUACUAUGAACUUAUUAUAAAUUUUAGUCAACUUUCUUAAUGGCUAGUUGGAGAUUUGCAUUUGCGGGUUAACCCGCGAUCCAACCGCACCCAUCCGCCACCCACCCAACCCGACCCGCAGAAGAAUGUGGGUGGAUUACGGGUCACAAUUAUUCCAACUCGCUAGUAAGCAGGUGGGUCAAUUUGAAACGAAAACCCUCUCAUUGCCCACCCCUAGGUCCGCCCCAACCAUAAUAGUGCCUCUCGAGGUAACCAAAGGGUCACGACCCCAACCCUCUAAGAAUGACCCACCGUUAUAUGGCACGAAGUGCAGGAAAAAGUCUAACCAUGUUGCUGCUACUAGGGUUAACUUGACAUAAGAGGAUUUGGUGGCCGUGAUCGCCGAUAUGAUAGCUGAAGUUAACCUCGCCGGUAACUCAAAAGGAUGGUGGUUGGAUAUGGGAGCCUUGAAGCACAUCUAUAAUAACCGUGCCAUGUUCAAGACAUACAAUGAGGCACCUGAUGAUAAGAAAGUGUUGUUGGGGAUUCCCCACACCACUAUAGUUGCUGGUUCUAGGGAUGUGGAGCUGAGCUUUACCUCUGGAAAGACGAUGACUUUGAAGGAUGUCUUGCACACUCCAUAGAUAAGGAAGAAUCUUGUUUUGGGUUAUUUUUUGAAUAAGGCUGGGUUUACUCCGACUAUUGGGGCUGACUUUUAUACCCUUACUAAGAAUGUGAAUUUUCUGGGAAAGGGUCAUGCUUGUGAUGGAUGUUUAAGUUGAAUGUGGAAAGCAAUAAGAUGAAUUCUUUAGUUUACAUGCUGUGUAAUUUUAAUGUUUGGCAUGCUCGUCUUUUUCAUGUCAACACACAAAUUAUAAAGAAUUUGAGAAACUUAGGACACAUCGCUAAACCCUUAAUGAAUGAAUUUGAUAAAUGUGAUUUAUGUAGACAAGCUAAAAUAACGAAAACGCCCCAUAAAUUUGUGAGUAGAGAAUCAUAACCCCUAUAUCUGAUUCAUUCUGAUAUUUGUGAACUAGAUGAGACGUUAACUAGGUUUGGCAAGAGAUAGUUUAUCACUUUCAUAGAUGAUUGCUCUAAUUAUUACUUUGUUUAUUUGAUGAAAAACGAAAGUGAUGCCCUUGAUAUGUUUAAGGUAUUUGUGGUUGAAUUUGAAAAUUAGUGCAACAGAAAAAUAAAACAACUUAGAAGUGAUAGAGGAUCAGAGUACGACUCUAAUCCCUUCAAUAAAUUCUAGGCCUGAUAAUCGGUUCGGUUGCGGUUUAACCGAACCGAUUCGUCGGUUAACCGCCACCGAAGAUAGGCCGUUACCACCAACCGUCACCGAAGCCGAGAAGGUCUACGGUUAGCCGCCACCGAAACCGCUAACUGCGGUUAGUCGGCUAAACCGACCCUCACAAUUAAAAUAAAAUAAGGGGAAUUUUUGGGUUGUCUCUCUCCUUCUCUCUGGAAAUUUCCUAAUCCAACUCCCGUAUCUCUCUUUCUCACUCAAAAUCUUCUCCAAUCUUUGAAAUUUCCCUCUUUGACUCCGCUGCUCCUAGCCUCUUCCCCUCUCACUUUGCAACGACGGUGAGCUGGCAAUCGGCUCCGACGAAGGGCGUCGGCGAGGUAGAUGGGAGGCGGUGGCGACGAGGAAGAAUGCAGGGCGGCGAGGAUGGAACAUGCAAGGUGAUGCAGGGGACGGCGAUGACGACGGCGACCGAAGAUCGACCUGCUGCUACGGCCAAUAGGCCUUGGAUCUGGAGGAUGAAGAAGGGGCGGAGACUGAGACCGCUUUGAUUCUUUCGGCUUUGCAGUUCUCGUCAACCUCCGCGAAUGAAGAAGGACGGGAUGGCGACGAAGACCAAUGAUCGAUCUUCACUGCUGCAGCCUGCAACGACCCCUUCUCCUUCUUGGCCUUCUUUUGCUGGAUCUCGAUGGCGGAAGACAGCGAUUGAGGAUGAAAGGGCAACAAAAAUUCUUCUUCUAGAGAGCCAUUGAGGGGUUGGGACUUGGGUUGGGAGGGAGAUUAGGGGGAAAAGGAGUGGCGGAGCGGUUAUGCGGCGCACCGAUUUUAUCUCGGUUAGCCACCGACGGUUGCCGGUUAACAUAAAUCCCCAAAACAGCCCACCGACACCGCCACCGAGGGUAAGUUAUCAGUUUUCGGUUCGGUGAAUAACCGCUCGGAUCGGAUUGGUUUUCGGUUUAACCGAGAAACCGCCAACCGAUUAUCACCCCUAAUAAAUUCUAUAGCUCACAUGGUAUCAUUCAUGAAACCACGACACCAUACUCACCAAAAAUGAAUAGUAAAGCCGGGC